AUGUUUAAGAAGGAGAGUAUUCACUGUCAUGAAAAUUUGGUUAUUGUUGAAGGCACUUGGAUCAGGACAAAUAUUAAAUGUAUUAUGUUUAACGUGUACGCCCCUCAAGAUGCUAGAAAGAAAAGGGAGUUAUGGCAAUAUUUGAUCUCGUAUAUGUCCAAAGUAAAUGGUGCUUUUAUAGUCUUUGGUAAUUUCAAUGUGGUUAGAUCUUUUAAUGAAAGAUGUGGGAGUUUGUUUUGUGCUUCACAAGCUACCGAUUUUAAUCAAUUUAUUUAUGAGGCAUAUCUGUUUGAUAUUCCUAUGGAGGGCCGAAAAUUUACUCGAGUGGAUAAGGUUGGUGCUAAGCUUAGUCGUUUUGAUCGAUUCCUUAUUUUUGAAAGUUUGUUAGAUGUUAUUCCCGAUAUCUCUUGUAUUGCUUUGGAUAGGAGGUGGUCAGACCAUUGCCUGGUGCUUCUGAAGAAAGAUCAGAAUGAUUAUGGUCCUAUUUCUCUUAAGCUGUUUAACCCGUGGCUUCAGAUGGAUGGUUUUUCCGAUGUGGUUUCUCAAGCGGUUAGAGAUUUUAGCCCAGAUUGUAAUCUAAACAAGUGUAUUAAUAUGAAGAACAAACUUAACUUCGUUAAGGCCAAGAUUAAGGGCUGGCAAGCUGAUAUGCGUAAGUUGAAAGGGGAACAAAGAAAAGCGUGUAUUAACCGGUUGCUCAAUAUUGAUAAUCUGAUUGAUAGUGGGGUUGCUUCGGAUGAUGUCAUGGCCGAGAGAAAGAAUAUUCUCCAAUAG